AAUCCCUAUCCUUUAUUUUGUUGCAUACCACACCACCAAAAUAUAUUCUCUUAUUUUGUUCACUGCAACCCCUUGCAACCAACUACCUUUCUUUUCUCUCAACUCAUUUUCCUCAGCUCAUCACCAAAAAAAGAGAAGCAACUAAGAUUCUAAGGGAGAGAUUGAAAUGGCUGCGAAAUUGAAGAAGUGCAUGAUGCUAUGCUGCACUCGCAAUCCUGUGAAAGAGGAAAUGACGAAAGAGACGUGCGAGGAAGCCAUCGUUGCUCUCCAGAAGCUUCUUAGUGCGUGUUUUUACGGCAGCGAGAAAAGCGAGCUGAAGGCGGUUGCCGCCGCGAAGGUGCGGCAGUUGACGGCAGAGCUGGUGGGGGCGCGUCAGAAUGUGGCAGUUAAAUCAGUUUCCGACCCGGUGGAGAGGAUUCGGGCCGGGUUUGAUCAUUUUAAGAAAGUGAAAUACCAGAAGGAUCAUGCCUUGUACUCCAAGCUAGCCGUUGGCCAAUCUCCAAAGUUUUUGGUGUUUGCAUGCUCGGAUUCCCGAGUUUGCCCUUCACAUAUUCUAAACUUUCAACCAGGAGAGGCAUUUGUUGUCCGAAACAUUGCCAACAUGGUCCCGCCCUUUGACAAGACAAAAUACUCAGGAGUUGGGGCGGCCAUUGAAUACGCAGUACUACAUCUCAAGGUGGAGAACGUUUUGGUGAUUGGUCACAGCUGUUGCGGAGGCAUCAAGGGCCUCAUGUCCAUUCCUAGUGAUGGCACGACUAAAAGUGAUUUCAUUGAAGAUUGGGUGAAGAUCUGCAAGAGUGCUAGGGUCCGAGUGGAAACAGAAUACAAGAACUUAAGCUUGGAAGAGCAAUGCAGCCAGCUAGAGAAGGAGGCUGUGAAUGUAUCACUUGGGAACUUGUUAAGCUAUCCAUUUGUGAGGGAAGCUGUUGUCAAGAAAACCUUACUGCUGAAGGGAGCACACUACGAUUUUGUCAAGGGCUCUUUUGAGCUUUGGGACCUAGACUCCACAUUGUCUCCUUCCAUUGCUUUUCGAUUGUAAAAUAACACUAACUUCUCCAUAUAUUCAUUUUCUAAAAUCUUGAAUAA